AUGAAUAAUUAAAUAGGACUAAAUCUAAAUUAUAACAAAGAUGUUGAAUUAGCACUUUAUAAAAAAAAAAUAGACCUUGAUUAUAGCAAAAUUUCUCACAAAUUUGGCUUUGUAAAUAAAAUUUCUCCUGUUACACUGGAAAAUUAUAAUUAAUAUCAUAUAUAUAACAAAUUGUUUAGGAAUGAAUAAUAAAGAAAAAGUAUUUAAGCUAGAGUUUAGACUAUUGAUCCAAAGACUACUAAAUAUUAUAUAAAUAACAGCACAAAAUUUUUCGAUUUCUUAAAACACAAAGUUUAACACACUAUUAAAGGAAAUCAUUAUAUUAUGUAACUUGGAUAGAUGCCUCUAUCUUCUAGAUCAAAAACUCCUCCAUAAAAGACUUAAAGGUAUUAAAAAUCUUAGACUAUAUUUCAUCAAGAAUCAAGAACUGAAAAGUUGAGAUUUUCUAAUGUCUAAUCAGAAUAAAACACCUGUAUUGAAAUUUAAAAGGCAUGUUAGGUUUAUUAGAUGGGAUAAAAAGAAUUGAAAGGGAUAUAUAAAAAAUUAAGAAUAUGGAGUACUAAUUAAUAUGAUAUUAAUUUGAUGAGACCUUAAAGUAGUAGAAAUCAAGAUUAGAGAAACCAUAAAUUUAUGA